UCUUUUUCCUGAGCAGAUGGAGAACUCAACAGAGAUUAUGUCAUUUGUGCUGGCUAUGUAUGGUAACAUGGGACGCUUAAAGUACCUCUAUUUCACAGUUGCAUUGCUAUUUUACAUGUCAGUUAUUUUUGCCAACGCUUUUCUUAUUGUCAUUAUUUAUCUGGACAGAAACCUGCAUGAGCCCAUGUUUCUAUUCCUGUGCUGUUUGUUCGUAAAUGAAAUCUGGGGCUGCACAUCUAUGCUGCCCUGCUUGAUGGUACAUAUCUUGUCAGAGACUCAUGAAAUUUCAGUCAUUUACUGCUUCCUUCAAAUAUUCAACAUUCACUCGUAUGUAGGUAUUGAAUUUGGAACUUUGACAAUGAUGGCAUAUGACAGAUAUGUAUGUAUUUGUAAGCCUUUACAUUACAACGUCAUAAUAACUAAAAGAAUUGUACAAAAGGUCAUUCUUGUUAUUUGGGUGGCUACUUUUAUAGAGGUUGGAGUUUUACUGUCACUCACUAUUCGUUUAAAGCGCUGUGGGACUGUUAUCAACAAAGUUUUCUGUGCACACCACCUUGUAGUUGAGCUUUCUUGUUCACCAGACAGAACAGUGUCACUCAUUCAUGACCUGGUGUUUGGCCUCAUUUUCUCUGUUGCUACUCCUGUCUGUUAUAUUUCAUACACUUAUGUAAAAAUCCUGUCUGUUUGUUUAAAAGGUUCCAAAGAGACCAGGAUGAAAGCCCUGGAAACCUGCACUCCGCAUUUUGUUUCACUCAUCAGUUUUGUCCUUGCCUGCUUUUACAGUUUGAUCACUCAGAGAUUCGACAUGUUCUCUGUUCCAUAUCCGCUGUGUGUUUUCUUGUCCAUGUACGUGGUGAUCAUCCAGCCUCUGCAAAAUCCACUCAUGUAUGGCCUUAAACUGUCACAGAUCAGACAUGCUUGUAAACAUUUGUUGACAUUAAAAACAUCACAACUCUACAUUUUUGUAUUGGCAUUUUAAUUUUACACUUCAUCAUUAAUGAAAUGAAGACAGUGUAGUUUAGAUUGUGAACAUCUGUUCUACUGACCAUAAAAAUGUCAUUACUUUAAUUACAAAACUUUAAUCUGCUCAGGUUGGUGGCCUGAAAGAGGUGUAUUUAUUUUACUCAGAGCAAGAAAAAUGUUUUGUCUGUGCAAUGGUCCAGUGCAAUAAAUAAUGUGUUUACUUUAAUCAUGACACAGGCUGCUGUGUAUCCCCAUAAAGAGAAAACACUGUUGAUGUACACCCAUUUAGUUAACAACAACCAUCUAAAGAAAGGGGCUCAUUUUUGAGCCACAUUCAAAUUUCAUCGCCUCAUUCAGGAAUCCUCUUUUAUAUAAACAAAAUAGAUGUUGAUCAACCAUUGUUUACUCAGGAAAAAAUAACUGAGCAUGAAGGUCUUUUGCAGCAAUGCCCUGAGUCACAUUCAUAUAAUAGCAGCCACAAUAAAUAAUGAAUGCUUUCUCAAAAGCCCCAUAUCUAUGCUAUUCCUUGAAGCAUAUUUAAACUGUAAAACUGUAUCAUUUAUUUUAUUGCAAUUCUAUUUUUACAUAUAUCAUAUCGUCAAAAAUAUCACAAAAA